AUGUGGCAAGUUUACAGCGACGCACUCGAGAGAACUCCACCACCUGUCCGUAGUGGUCAAUAUUUAAGAAACUUAAGUACUAGUUUCGGUCUAGGUCCCAAGGAACUGCCGUCGGAGCUCAGACGGAAGGCUGAGGCUGAGGCCAUAAUGGUACAUGGGUCCACUUGCCUUUGUGACGUUGAGAUAACAGGCAGGCCAAGCAGGAUUCAAUUCAAUGUUGCUGCGUUGUCAGACGAUGAGAAGAAGAAGCUUUUACCUUCAGAGCUGAGGGAAUACGAGGAGUGGAAGAAAUGCAAGUGUGAUGCUGAACUCAAAGCCGAUGCUGAUGAAGCGCAUGUAGAUGAUGCGAUGACGGAUUACACGGAAGCGACGGAUUAUACCGCUUUCACUUACACUGAUGAAGUGGGAGAAAAUGAUGAGGAAGAAGAAGAGAAUUAAAAAAAAAAAUAGAAAAAAAAAGAGGAAGAAAAAGAAUCUGAUACGUAGGCUAACAUCGAUACUAAUAAUAAACGAGUUACUUUGAAGUUGAGACAAUCCCGCCGCAACCUCCCAAAACCGCUGCACAUCUUGUGCACCAGGAUCCAUGAUAUUACCGGAACGCUGAAGUCCGGCGCGGUCCAGGGACAUGAACAACUCAAACGC